AUGUCACAAGAACUUCCGGACAGAUUCAAAAUGAGUAAGAGCUCUACGGAAUACUACAAGCGAGUAUGUCAGGAACACGAAAGCACUCCAACCGCAGCCGAACUCCGAGAAAUCAGAGACGCAGUAGGUGUGCCUGCCACAUGCAAAACCGUCUUGUCGCAUUUUCAGUAUGGCCUUCUAUACUUCUUGCAAAGACGCAGUGUUGUCUUCGAGAAGAACACAUUACUGGUAGGAUGGGCUCGUCAAGCGGACGGAUCAGAGCAGUAA